GCCUAUACCCUACGGCAAUUCUUUGAGUUCAUCAAAACUUUAUCCUAAACCCUAAAGCUUCACACUUUACCCAUUUCCUUGUUCAUCAUAUAAAUCGAGCCCUCAGCUCCGUUAGGGGCUUACCAUCACUGAAGAAGAAGACGACGGCGACUGGGUCGCGCCAGAAUGUCAAGAAAGAAAUUGGAAUCUGAAGCAAAGUUUGACACUUUCCCUGAGGAAAUCCGUCAGGAUAUCUUUCUUAGACUACCCAUUAAGUCUUUGAUCAGGUGCACAGCUGUGCGCAAGGCAUGGAGAUCAGUCAUAAGAAACCCAAGCUUUAUUCGCACCCACCUCCACCGGACACACAAUUCCAAUGAACAGAAUGACACUCAACUCUUAUUGAUCCAUGGUUUUGCUAAAAAGGCUUUUAGCUUUGAUUACAGUGAUAGUGAGGAUGACAUACAGGAGCUUUACUCUUUGUAUUAUGAUAACCCUGCGUUUGACGAGCACUGCAAGGUUGAAGUUCCAACCAUUGAGUUGGCGAAUGCAUGUUUCCGUGUUGUUGGCACUUGUAAUGGGCUGGUUUGCCUUGCAGAUGAUUUAGGGUUAUAUAUGAACACCUACAUAUUAUCAAAUCCAUCUAUAAGAAAGUCUGUGGCCCUUCCCGGGCCUAAUGUUACAUAUUGCACUCAUGGUGGGCAUGUAGCUUCUAUUGGGUUUGGUUUUGAUGCUAUGACCAAUGACUACAAGGUUGUGAGGCUUGUCACUCUUUUGGAUGAAGAUUCACAAGAUGCCCUUUGUCGAACUGUAGUUGAAGUAUUUUCACUAGCCACAGGCUCUUGGAGCAUGCUUCCUGAUGUUUCUCCUCGGUUUGAAAUGGAUGCACGCACUCCCCAGGCUUUAGUUAAUGGGGCUCUUCAUUGGCACGCAAAGCGGCGGAAAGAAGAUGAUUUUUACUAUUUCAUUUUGAUAUUUGAUGUCAGCAGGGGUUUAUUUCAUGAGACCAUGAUGCCAGAGAGUUUGAAAUGCGAUCCGGAAUUAACAUUGCAGUUGUCUGUUUCUGGAGAUGGGAAGUCCAUUGCUCUGUUCAGCAUGUAUUCUAGUCAUUUUUGUGCUGAUCCUUUUUUUGAUAUCUGGGUAAUGAAUGAAUAUUGCAUCCAUGAGUCCUGGACCAAAUUGAUUCGACUCCGUCCACAUGGGGCACUACAUGAAGUUCUUUUGUUAAGUAGUUUGCUCCCAGAAGCAUUAUGUUUCAGGAAAAGCAGUGAAGUAGUAGUGUCCAAACAAAGUGAUACAUUUUCCUGUUCCAGGCAUUGUUAUUGUCCUGGGUAUGAACUAUUUUCAAUAGACCUUGGAAGCCAACAAUUUAAGAGUCUUGGGAUUUGUGGAUAUAGUUAUUACACUGUCAAUUCUUAUGAAGAGAGCCUCGUCUUACUGGACAUGGACAAUGCAGUUUGCUACUGAGGCAAAGAACAGGUUAGGUGAUUUGAAUGCUGAUUUUCUGUGGGUUUAUCAAUUUUUCUUUUAUUUUUGUAUGCGUAUGUUGCUAAUCCUUCAUGACACCAUCAGAUUUUAGCAACUCCAGCAAAGUUUGAUCGGUAUGAUGAUGUACUACCUUUAAGCUAAGUGAUAUUUAUGUGUGCUUAACAAAGUUUGAUCUAUAACUUUUGCCUUUAUUGUUGCGUUGGUUCUGUUAGGACGACUUUGAGGCUUCUGUGUCUAGCCUCUUGGGUGUUCUUUCCAACUGCUGCUGCUGUUUUUUUUUUUUUUUUCCUUUUUGGUUUCUUGUUUUUGCUGAUUGUCCUUCUUGCUUAUGGUGCCUGAAAACACAAUUUUGUUACUAAAUCUAACUCAGCGCGGUGAAAGCUUAAUUUUGAAUACUUAUAGUUAAAAGUAAUUAAGUAAAAACAAAAAAAUAUUGUUCAUGGAUAAGUAGAUGUUCGGAAACAAGAAGUUAAAAACAGAGUAGUAAAAAACAUUGUUAUACUGGUGCUUUUAUAAAUGCCUGUAAUAUCUACUUGGUAUGACCUUGAACAAGUGGGCUGUGGAACUGUUAGAUCUACUGUAUUGAAUGUUGUAUAUUGAACAACUGAUAGCAUAGUUUAUUUUCGGGUGCAGAAUUGUACAAUAGUACAUGCAAUCUACACUUUUUCCCAAAGUUACCUUUGUUUUGUUUUCAUCUGACUUGUAGUGCCGUAACAUACCGACUCAAAUGCUCUGCGUUGAGUAAAAUAGUUGUAUUUGGUUGCAGAUUUAGAGCAGUAACAUCCUCUAAUUUGCUGGUGUUCUACAAUGACGUGGGACUUCUUAUCCGAAUUGCUGAGGGACCUUUCAUCUGCAUGUUAUGUGAACUUCAAAUUUCAUGUAACUUUGGAAGUAUCAGUUACAAAUUUCAGUUGGUCUUGUAGUUUGAAGUUUAUUGUUAACUUCAAAUUUGUCGAGACUAUGGAAGUAUCAGUUACAUUUUCAUUUGGUCCUGUAGUUUGAGACUGUAUAUUGUAUAAUAAUUCACUGAAUUUCCUCAACAGUUAACUAAUUUUCCUGAACAAAUUCAGAAAUUCUGGUGUUCGCGUGUAUGCUUUACUUUUGUCAAUUGCCAUCUA